GAUAUUGCAGGAUUAUGUUUCCUUCAAAAGAUAGUAAUAUGAUGGAUUAUAUGGCCGAAAUUAAUCGUUUAUUUCCGAAAACAAAUGAAAAUGAUCUGCAACCAACAAAUAUAUUCAACAGUACUUCUUCACAAUCUCCAAUUCAUUCAACAUUCGCCAACCGAUCUUCAAGUUCUGCAGAUUCCACAUCACCAGAAUCUUAUCCUGACUUUUUCACAUCAUUUCAACGAACAUCUGACCUUUAUAGUCUCAGAUCAGAAACUCCCGAACAUAGUUUACAUCCUUUAAGUAUCCGGCCUCAACGGCCAAUUGUAGGUAGAAAGAUCUUAGGUAAUACAGAAUAUUCUAGACCUUUACCUAACAAAAACAUUGAUAAUGAAUUUCUAAUAUCUAAUUCCUGGAUUGAUGAUUUUAGUCUUCCUAAAUCUACAAUAUUUGACAAAAGCAACCAAAUGCGUAAUUAUGAGUUGUUUCCUACAGAUAAAUCUCCGACAACAUCUUUCAUUGCCCCAACGCCAAAUUUGUCACCUGUAACUUCAAUUUCACCAGUCAAAUCUAACUUUUCAACGGCUACCUUUUCGCCAGGCAAAUCUAAUCUCACAACAGCUACCUUUGCGCCAAUUGAUUCCAACCUUUCGUAUGCUAAUUUUUCACCGAUGAGAUCUAAUAUUUCAGCCAGUUCAAACUUUUCAUUGUCAUCUAGUAUGAUGGAUUCUAAAACAUCUUCACCUAUGUUAAUACCUAAUUAUACCCCAAGCUAUACAAUACCACAAAUGUCAGAUUUCACACCACCUGGAUAUUCUGGGGCUGGUACUUCGAAGAUUGAUGAAAUUGCCGCACAGAAAAUGUGUAAAUUCUGCCGAAGAAAUGGGGAGACUCCAUUAGUUUAUAUGACACAUUGUGUUAAAGAAAGAAUCGGAAAAAAACAUAUAGUGACAUGUCCUAUUUUGAGGUCACAUGUUUGCUCUGCUUGUGGAGCGACUGGGGACUAUGCACAUACUAUUACAUAUUGUCCGUUAGUACGAAGCAGUAACAACGGCAAACGUCUGGAAUCAACAACUAUUACAUUGAAGAAUACCAGAAUUAAGAGCAACGGAAAGAGACGUUAUUAA